UACGUGUUUUUGCAAAUGUGUGUGUAUACAGCAAUUUUCAUACUUUUUCUCUUGCCAGAAUCUAACCACAACGAGAAUCAGGUUCUGCAUAAUCUUCUUUCUUUUUCAAUUUUCAAACUCAUCUCUCUCUCUCUCUCAUUACUGCAUAAUCUUAUGGCCGAAGAAGAAGUGAUUGUUGCAGCACCCGAUUGUAAGCGAAAGUUUGAAGAUCAACACUCUGAUGACGGUGAGAACAAGCGUCCUUGUCUUUACGACGAUAACCAGAAUUACCUAGCUAAUACUAAUAUACAUCAAGAAAAGAAGGUUGUUGAGCCAGAGGAAAAUGCUCAUUCUGAGGAAAUUCAAGAUGAAUCUAAAGAUAAUUCAGAAGAAACGGCUGAGCCUACCGAUACCAAAGAGAUUCAUGUUGAGGAGCCAUCUAAAUCAAUUGAACAACUUGAUUCCAGCUCAAUUGAUCCCACCUUUCAGCAUGAUGCUUCUUUUGGACAAAAGCAACCUAUAUCCGGGUCUGACACAACAACCACACAAGAAAUUGAGGUUCCUAGCAAUAAGGAGUUCAAUUUGAAGGAUCUUUUGGAAAGUAUAUAUGAGUUCGAAAACUUAAUGGAUGCCAUGUUCACAGAGGCUGAUGAUGUGGAUUCUCCUGCACGUGAAGUUCCAAAUGAGAAGGAGUUCAACUUGAAUGAUUUUUUGGAAAGUAUAGAUAAGGCAGAAAAGCUAUUGAAUGCCAUGAGUGCAGAGGAUGAUGAUGGAGGUUCUCCCACACUUGUAGCUCGAGGCCUCUCCCCUGCUCAGGCUAUCAUGGGAUCUGAUCAAAUUCAGAUACAAGUUCCAAAUGAGAAAUUGAUACCUCAACAUCUUCCCGAUGAUUCUAAAGAAAGGACUGUCCAAGUUACUGGUGAUAAGAGGCAAAUUGAAAUUGCACAAGAAAUGAUAAAGGAAACCUUGAACCAGCCUGUCAAGUCGUCAUCAGGUGUUUUCAGCCAGCAGGCCUACCGUCCGCCACAAGGAUCUGGUGGUCCACCACUAUGGGAUCAGCAAGGUUCACAUUAUGGCCACCCACCAUCAUAUUACUAUCAGCACCACUGGCCAUAUCCCUCUCAUAAUCAAUCAUAUGCACCUACUCCUUAUGGAAAUUAUCCUCAACAUAUGGCUCCAAGGAGCAGUUACGGUUCUGGUUGGGAGCAAAGGCCUCACCAGAGUUUGCAGGGGCCGCCCUCACACAACUGGGGUUAUGAUCAUUAUGGUGGACAAAGGGGUCAUUCAUCUGAAGUUUCAUCAUCUGCCCCGCAUCCCAGUUCAAUCCCCCAACACUGUACCGGUCCUUAUCCUUUACCCUCCAUAGGUCCAUCCCCAGUUCAGAUGAAUUACAAUUAUGAAAACCUUGCCCCUGCACAAUAUCCAUAUGGAAGACAUUCAACCUACCCUCAAGCCUGGGCUCAAGCAAAUCAUGCACCUCCACAGCAGUAUGGCAAGCCACCAUUGUAUGGCGUGCCACCUUCACAAGGACAGCAUCCACAGGCUUAUGUCCACCCUAGAGCCACUCAACCAGGCGAGAUUCCGUAUCAGGGUUCUACUCCAGCACAAUCAUAUGGCAGGCCACCAUUGUUUGGCAUGCCACCUUCACAAGGACAACAUCCAGAGUCUUAUGGCCCCCCAAGAGCCACUCAACCAGGCGAGAUUCCGUACCAUGGUUCUACUCCAGCACAAAUAUAUUGCAGGCCACCAUUCUAUGGCAUGCCACCUUCACAAGGACAACAUCCACAGUCUUAUGGCCCCCCUAGAGCCACUCAACCAGGCAAGAUUCCGUAUCAGGGUUCUACUCCAGCACAAUCACAUGGCAGGCCACCAUCGUAUGGCGUGCCACCUUCACAAGGACAACAUCCAGUCUUAUGGCGGCCACCCUAGAGCCACUCAACCAGGCAAGAGUCUGUAUCAGGGUUCUACUCCAGUACAAUAAUAUGGCAGAAUGCAACAACUAUAUCUAUAUGCAUCAUCAGGGUCAUCACAAGAAGCAUAUCCUACAUAUGGGUCUGCACUUUGCACUAGCUGCAGAUGGUUACAAUCACCUGCAGUCCGCACCUAGUUAUGUGCAAGUUGGUCAUACUGGUUAUGGAUCAUAACCAUCUUCUCAACAGACUCACCCUGAACAACCAGCCUCUAACAAUGCUAUUUAUGACUACUAAGCACCCCAUUAGAUCCUGCUUAUAACAGCGGCAGCCAGGUGCAGCCAUGUUAUGUUCAACCCAGACCAACUCAAACUUGUUAUUACCAAGCUAACCCACAACCAGCUGGUUAUGCGGCUGUACCAGCAGCAGCAAGUGCUCCUGCAGAUAUGGCAACUGGCAAGACAAUAUCAUGUAUUUAUGGUGAACCUCGUUGAUUUAUAUUUUAAUUUUAAUAUUUACAUGUAUAAGUAUCAACAGCUAUAAUUUAUAUUGACAACCAUAUUUUAAUUUA